CGCUGCCCGGCCACGCGGCUACACACGCUCUGUGUACAACUACCCGCACAACUGGAAUUACCCGCGAAAUCGGACGGAAAGCCUUUUCAAUCCGAGCUUCAGGAGCUUACCUACGUUUUUGACUACGUUGAAAAGUGUGUUAAAAUGUGGUGUUUGAGUGUUUUGUAAUGCUUCGAGUGUAAUUUCUGUCUGUCAGUGAAGUGGAAGUUAAGUUAUUGGUGAUGUGAUUGUGUUAUUUCAUCGUGGAGUGGCUACAGACAUCAAAAAUGCUGCCUACGAAUGUAAUGUCAUUUAUGAAAAAGAUGGUGGCGGCAGACGAAACCACGGCAGUUCCUGGGCAGAUUGAAUCAUCUGGAACGUUCGGCAAACUACGACAGACUCUGUCGUCCUCCUUACUCACAGCACAAGAUAAAGUAACAAAAUUGGGUCCACGGCCAGGAGUAACAGAAGCUCCUGUAGAACCAGCACCAACGCCGCCGCCUGCACAACCACCGCCUUCAGCCAAAACAGAAAGGGAAGCUGGGAAAGCGCCGUCUCGAGCCGGAGCCUGUCGAGUUUGUCUAAAAGCUCUCAAGCCUGGAGAGGUGUUCCAUAUAUGCAACGGAUGUCAACACAGAGUCUGUGAAGAUUGCUCAUCGUACUCCAAGCCAGCGAGCGAUGAAGACGCGAACUCAUGGCGAUGCUCAGUGUGUCGCCGGAAGGCUGGUCCACGCAUCCCACCAGCAGCUCAGGACAGCACAGACUCUCUCCUAGACGUGCCGGUUCUAGAAGCUCUGCAGCGCCGACACUCGGAAGCGAGGCUGGGCAGUGGAAGUAGCAAUACCGCUCUGGCACCGCCAAGAUCUCCAGAGCUUCGUCGACAUUCUGAUGUAUCGCCUGCUUCUCUUAAAGAGUUGGAGAAGUUGAAGGGUGGCGGCAGCAGUACUCCCAUGGUUGAGUCCAGACGACCCAGCGCCGUGACUCCAGCUCGCCGGCGCUCCAUCCGGGCCCCCACACCCAGGCAGCAUUCCUGCGAUGACGACAAGCAGGCCGGCCCAGGGUCACACCAGCAGAUGAUGCCAGCUCCACCAUCGAUAUCACGCAGAGCUUCGGCAGUAGAUAUGACAGUCUCUUCUGGAUCUCGUCGAGGGUCUUACCGCACCGACGACGCGAGUCACUCCGACAGCUCGCCGCAAAUCAGCGGCCUCGGAGUCGACGAGGAGCGACCCCUCAGACGACGAGGCAGUCAGCUUCCAGACAUAGCAGCCUUACAGCAGCGCACGGGUGCAUUGAGUGCAAUGGCGGCUUUGACAUCCCGCUCUUCAGACUCCGACGCAGCGAGCAGUGCCGCUCUCGCCGCAGCGGCCGCCGCCAGACAGAUGUCCGUCGACGCCGAGGCCAUCAAGAUCGUGAUACACGACGUCGACGACCGCACGCCCAGACAAGUGACGCUGCGACGAGAUCCUAACGACAAGGGACAUCGAUCCCGUGGGUUCGGUAUGCGAGUGGUGGGAGGCAAACCGGACGCAAGCGGUCGUCGUGAGGCUGUGAUUGUCUGGACCGUCCCGGGAGGACCUGCCGACCUUGCGGGCCUGCAACAAGGAGAUAAGGUGUUAGAAUGGUGUGGAGUUUCACUGACGGAGCGAAGCUUUGAGGAGGUCUGCGCGGUGUUGGAGCGAGGUGGUGACACUGUGGAAUUGUUGGUAGAACCGGCGCAUCAGAUGGAGGAACCUCCCACGCCUGUGGCUCUGCCGCCACACCACCAUGCUUUAUACGAACCAGAAACGGACAAAUCACCGUCAUCUCCAACUCGACGAAAAUUGCCGAAAACCCCGGUAUAAUAUCCAUUAAGGCUUUAAUUGUAAUAUGUGUUGUGAGUUACGUCGAGACCUUUCCUUUGAGACUAUCACUUGGUGCCCUAUACUCUCGAUUUAAUGAUGCGUUUUCAGAUUUCGAAGGGUCAGAUUAAACAUUAAAACAGUUACAUACUGUUAGUAUUUGACGAUAUUUUCUCGACUUUUU